UUAAAUUCAUACUAUUAAAAAAAAGGAAAAAAAAAAAUAAGUUACAGAACGGAGCAGAGGAAAAAGCAACUAUAAUUAAUUAAUUAAUUAAAAUUAAAUUCUAUCUCAUCAUCGUGUUCGAUCUCGACUCCAGAGACGCCUGCUUCAUCGCCGGCGUCGCUGUAGCACUCUCUCUCUCUCUGGCCGAGCCUCCUUUUCCGAGGCUCUCUCGUGUGGGGAAAAAAAGAAAAAAAAAACAAAAUUGAGGAAUUGGCAAGAAGGAUUCGAAAGAGAAUGGAGUUUAACAAGCAACAAGAACAACAACAAGUUACAGUUUCUUCUUCUAUGGAGGAGAAAACGGAUCCUUCCUGCAUUUCUCAAUUCCCACAGCCCAACAUGGCUGCGGAUUUACUCAAGAGUCAUACACAUACUACUUCUUCCCCUCCUCCUCCUCCUCCUCCUCUUAUUAAAGUAGUGGAGCAAGGGAGUGAAGAUGAUGAUUUUGAUACCCCUGAGGAGGCGGGCAAUGGACAUAAUUCCGAUCCAGCAAGCUUGGACGCUGAUUUAACUGAGUACAAAAAGAAGGCCACUAUUAUUGUCGAGGAAUACUUUGGCACCAAUGAUGUUGUCUCCGUUGCUAAUGAACUCAAGGAGCUUGGCAUGCCUGAGUACCGUUACUAUUUUGUCAAGAAAUUAGUCUCCAUGGCUAUGGAUAGACAUGACAAGGAGAAAGAAAUGGCUGCUUUUCUCCUCUCUACCCUUUAUGCUCAUGUCAUUGAUCCCCCUGAGGUUUACAGAGGUUUCAACAAACUCCUCGCUUCUGCUGAUGAUUUCUCCGUUGAUAUCCCCGAUGCUGUUGAUGUUCUUGC